CAACAGCAAAAUAAAAUGGCUUUAAAUUUUUCAGAGGAAGAUUUCUCCUGUCCUGUGUGCUCUGGGAUCUUUAAGGAUCCUGUUCUUCUUAGCUGCAGUCACAGUGUGUGUAAAGUGUGUUUGCAGCGGUUUUGGGAGUCCAAAGAAUCCAGGGAAUGUCCUAUUUGUAAAAGGAAUUCGUCUCUGGAUCAACCUCCUAUAAACCUGGCAUUAAAGAACCUCUGUGAGACUUUUAUAAGGGAGAAAAAAAAAAGAUCUUCAUCAGUGUGUGAAACUGUCUGCAGUCUGCACAGUGAGAAACUCAAGUUCUUCUGUCUGGAUGAUCAGCAGCCAGUGUGUGUGGUGUGUCGGGCUUCAAGAAAACACACAAACCACAAAUUUUGUCCCAUUGAGAAGCAAGUGACCCAAAGGAAGGAGGAGCUCAAGACUGCACUGAAGCCACUACAGGAGAAACUAAAGAUCUUUAAACGCUGUAAAAUAAACUGGAAUCAGAUUGCAGAACAUAUAAAGAUUCAGGCCCAACACACAGAGUGUCAGAUUACUGAGGAGUUUGAGAAGCUUCACCAGUUUCUGCGAGAUGAAGAGGCAGCCAGGAUCACUGCACUGAGAGAGGAAGAGGAGCAGAAGAGCCAGAUGAUGAAGAAGAAGAUUGAGAGGAUAAGCAAAGACAUAUCAUCCCUUUCAAACCCCAUCAGAGCCAUAGAAGAGGAGAUGAGAGCUGAAAACGUCUCAUUCUUGCAAAACUACACGUCCACAGUAAAAAGAGCCCAGUGUACAGUACAGCAUCCAGAGGAGAUUUCAGGAGCACUGAUCCAUGUGGCAAGACAUCUGUCCAACCUGAAGUUUGAAGUCUGGGAGAAGAUGCAGGAUGUUGUCCAAUACACACCUGUAACUUUGGACCCCAACACUGGUCAUCCCGAACUUAUUGUAUCUGAUGAUCUGACCAGUGUGCGACUAAAUGAUAAGAAACAGAAGCUGCCAAAUAAUCCAGAGAGAUUUGAUGAGUUACUAAGUAUCCUGGGCUCUAAAGGAUUUAACUCAGGGACACACUGCUGGGAUGUUGAAGUUGGAGAUUGCACAGUUUGGCUUGUGGGUGUGAUGACAGAAUCUGCACAGAGGAAGGGAAAUGUAUACUCCAGCAGUGGAAUGUGGUGUGUGUGUUAUUAUGAAGCUACACAUGGAGCAUGUUCUAUACCAAAGACAGAUACCCUCUUCUUAGUAGAACAGAAAUUCCAAAGAAUCAGAGUGCAGCUAGACUGGGACAGAGGAAAGCUAUCGUUCGCCGACCCUCUCUCCAACACACACAUAUACACUUUUACACACAGAUUUACAGAUAAAUUACUGCCAUAUCUAUUUGUUGGUUGUAGAACAUCUCCUUUUAAGAUCCUUCCACUGUAGUGCUUCCAAUAGAUUUAAGGUCAGGCCUCUGUGGUGGUCAAUUCAUUUGUUCUCAUGCUCCCAAAAACACUGUUUUACUAUUUAAGUUUUUGCCAAUAGUGAAGAAAGAGCCAUAGAUGUGAUAACCUGGUCAUUCAAUACAUUCAGGCUGUCAGCUGUUACGUGGUGCGGUAUGGAGAGCCACACAACAAGAUGUUUUAAUGUGUAAUGCAGAGCUUGAAAGGGGUCAAUGAAACAGGAGGCUGUGAGAAUGCUUAUGAUAAGAAGGGGAAGACCCUUCCGUUUGGAGAUAGCGUGCAGUUAUUAAUUAGAAACUCAAAAGAAAAUAAAAGGAAACUGAAAAUACAAAAUAAACAGAGCUCUGCCAUCUACGCAAGAACACACUGGUAACU